AUGGUAUCAUCAGAUGAAUUUAGAGAUGCUGACGAUGUUUUAUUUUCCACGUCGAAUGAAGUUACCUACAUUGCAUUUGACGGUGCUGAUUGUAAAUAUACACCAGGUGAUUGCUUUGAUCCAGCUGUUAUGACGAGAAUAAAACUAUCAUGUCAUUCAAGGUUAUUUAAUGCAACAUCGUUUGAUCAAAUUCCAGAACUUUUGGAUGAUAUUAUAAUUCCCGAUUACUGUUCAUUUGGUGACAGUGUCGAUAUUAAUAUUUGGAUUGGACCAUCAGAAAAUGUAUCAUCUCCGUAUUUCGAUCCAAAAAGUAACAUAUUUGCCAAAUAG